GGAGAAGCGAAACCUGUGUUUUAUCUGAAAAGGGGAAAGAUUUGCUCCACGUACUCAAAAGGGAGAAACACAUUUUCAGCACUUCAGCACCAGAGAGGAGAAGACCUACACUGGUGUUUGGAAAUGCUCGUGGACCGAAACAUCUUCACUCUGUGGCUUCUGCUACUUCUCUGUGUCUCUGAAGGCGCAAUGAAAUUCAAUUUAUUCAGGAAAGAUAGAGAUGAUAACCCUGGGCCGCAGGAAGGUGACGUGAGGCUGUUUGGCGGCAGUGUUUCCGAGGGCCGCGUGGAAGUCUACCAUGAUGGCAAAUGGGGAACGGUGUGUGACGAUGGCUGGGACAUGGCUGAGGCCCAGGUGGUGUGUCGUCAGCUCCGCUUUCCCGGAGCCAAAUCUGUUCUCAUCGGGAGGACCUAUGGGAAAGCGCCUGGACCUAUUUGGCUGGAUGAUCUGACAUGUGAAGGGACAGAGAAGCAUCUGAUUACAUGUACUUUCAAAGGCUGGGGAGAAACUGACUGCAGCCACAAAGAGGAUGUCGGCGUUAUCUGUGAAACAAGCAGUACUAAUGUGACCGUCACUGAUUCUGCACACUUGCUGGAUCAUAGCAUCAGUCUGUCUGAUGAGCUCGGGCAAAUCUUUGACAGUGGUAAUGACUGUGACUUCCUGAUCCUGGUCCAGAGCCCUACUGGAAACAAGCAGGAGGACGGCACCGCAGAGAUAUUUGAGACAACAAUUAGCGCUCACAAAAUGAUCCUCUCACAAUUCCCACUCUUCAAUGCUUCACAGGGGAUCAGUAACAUCACAAUCAAUAUCCGCCAGUCUUGCUAUGCACAUUUCCCCUCCUUCAUCAGAUACAUUUACACCCGCAAGGUGGAAGUGACCUUCUCCUCUGUGCAGUGCCUCCACUGGAUGGCUUAUAAGUUUGGGGUGAAGCAGCUGAUGGAAGACACAGGCCGUCUCUUCUCUAAAAUCAUGCCAGAGGACACCUCGUUCCACACCCAGGUGUCCCUUUACGAAUACGCAAAGGAGACUGGGGACUUGGUCCUCCAGGAGAACUGUCUUCAGUAUCUGGCCUGGAACUACCAAAAUCUGACCACAUCCCCUUCUUGGACCCAUCUCUCUGUUGAGCUCCUUGGAUCCCUUCUGGUCCGCUCGGACCUGGUGGUGCCAGAUGAAUAUUUUCUGCUUCAGACUUUGGAGAGCUGGAUUGAGGAGGAAGGCAGCUCGACUACUUUGGAAACUCAGGUUGACCUUUUGAAUCACAUUCGUUUCCCUAUGAUCCGAGCUGAGGCACUGUAUGGCCUGGAGUUCAACUCCUCUCUCUACAGCACUCAUAAGAAUAUUUAUCGUGAAAAAAUCUUGAAAGCAUUCCAGUUUAAUGUUCUGCUCUUUAGCGACCUCAUGUCCAACCCAAAAUUCAACAGAGAAGAUGAAGAUUACCAGCCCAGGAUUUACACUGCCAAGCAAUGGAGCACUUAUCUAACUGCAAACCAAAUCAGAAAUCCAGACUACGUAGUGUAUCAUGGUUCUUACACUCAAAUCGCACUCAAGUCGCUCAACGUACCUAUCCACAACAGCCUGAUCUUUAAGCAGAAUGAGAUUCGUUGGGAGGCAAAUGUCUUUACGCGCCAACAUGAGUGUUCAAACAGAGGCGUAAGGUGUGAGUCGGUGCCUGCAGCAAGGCUGUCUCCCCGAGACAGCAUCAGCCAGUGGAGCAACAUCCUCUUCCGUAACCUGCUCCUGCUUGUGUGCCAAGACAAGUACAUCUGUCAGGUUCAGGACUUCAAGGAUGACCUGACUUACGUGAAUGGGGCCCAGGGUCUGGCCUAUCCAUGUCCCGAUGACCAGUACACCUACUACUUUGUGGUGAGACCGGGGUACAUCUGAUCCAGCGGCAGGAUCAGGAUCAGUAUUUCACAUGUGAUCAAUUUGUCUGCUUAUUCUUCAAUAGCUUACAAUUAUGCUACAAUAUUAUCCAUGUGAUUUUUUUUUUUACAUUAAUCUUUGUUGAUUAGCUAAAGAUGUAUCUCCUGGCUGUGCUUUAAUUCAUGCAUGUUUUCAUGAUCUUUUUAAAUGGCAAAUUAAAAAAAGGUGAUUUCUGCAUCA